CUUAUCCAUUGGGCCAUGAAGUCUUUUUGAUUAUUGAGAACACUAAAUUCUCUUCUUGAUUGUAACGCCUACAUAAGAAAUUAUAAUUAGCAUAUACUAUGGAUAUAACAGAACAGCAUGAAGCAUGAGGUCUACUUUGUGUUCGUCACCUUUCACUCUCACCUCACCCCGAAUACAGUCUACCGAAUAACCUUUUCUUAUAUUUAGUUAAAGCUUGUCUCAGAAAGUUUUCAGAGGGAAUUGAAUUUGGAUAAGAUAUUCAAAAUAGAAAAAUAAUAAGGAGGCAUUUCUUUCUGUUAAUAGCGUAUAAAUUAGGAAGAUAAUCAACAGCUAAUACAGAGAGAGAGAGAGAGAGAGAGGGGUGACUCAUUUAGUGGUGUAACAUUUUUGUCAACAGGAGGGGAGGAUCCUGUGGAAAGAAUCUGAAAGUUUUAAAUCUUUGUUCCCACUCCUUAAAAACAGAAUAAAGUUUUUAAAAGGAGGGCUAAGAUCAUCAUGAGUAAACACAUAUAUAUGAGAAGCAAAGCAGUGCACUCCCUCCAAAGAUCUGCUCAGGAUGAGUCAAAGAGAAAUCAAAGAGAGUCUGUCACUGAAGAGAAGCCUAACUUCUUGUCUUGGUAUAAACACCACUUGAGGAACUUUUUCCACGCUGUUAAGUUUCACAAGGAGCGAAAAGGAACUUCUGUUGUGAAUCCUGAUGAUGGUGAAGAUGAUGGCUUGGAGAAGAAGCUGGUGGUUAAAGAGGAGCCAACAAUAAUAGUACAAGCAAUUAUUUUACCUGAAAUUUCAGAUCCCUCUUUACUGUUAAAAGAGCAGUCGAGGCGUUCCCUUUAUACUUCACUUCCUGCUCUUGUUCAAGGCAGGAAAUGGGUAAUGCUUUACAGUACAUGGAGGCACGGUAUAUCACUUUCAACGCUGUACAGGAAAAGCCAACUCUGGCCUGGUCUCAGUUUACUGGUUGUUGGAGACAAAAAAGGUUCGGUGUUUGGUGGUCUUGUCGAGUCACCUUUGAUUCCAACUGAUAAUAAGUAUCAGGGAACCAACAAUACAUUUGUUUUCACUGAUAAGUCUGGCCAACCCACAGUAUACCAUUCCACAGGAGCAAAUCGGUUUUACACGUUAUGUUCCAAAGACUUUCUAGCUCUCGGCGGUGGUGGACGGUUUGCUCUCUAUCUUGACAGUGAGCUGCUACACGGAUCAAGUGCAUGUUCAGAGACAUACGGGAACUCUUGUCUUGCAAACUCUCAGGACUUUGAUGUUAAGGAAGUGGAGUUAUGGGGAUUUGUGUAUGGCUCAAAGUAUGAUGAGAUUCUAUCUCUCAGCAGAAAAACCGAGACUAUAUGCAGGUGGUCAUGAUCCUCCUGGCGAAUAUUAUGAAAUGGAAGUAACAAGUGCAAUUUUCUUUUGUAAUGUUGUUUUCUUUAUCUUAUAAGUUGUUACACUCAUUUGUACCUCUGAAAUCUUUUCAUUGUUGUAAUGAGACUGAAAUAUCAAACAUAAAACU